AUUUGUAUUUCUAUUUUUGGUUGGCAGUUGACAUCAAGGGUUGGUCGCUCACUUCCAUAGGAAUCGUGGAACAUGUCCCGGCGACCAGAGAUCACAAUUCCAUCUUCACUCUUGGUUAUUUCAUAAUUGGAGAAGAUUAACCUACUUCCUUGGAUUUCAAUUGGAGAAUAGCUGACAUCCAGCAGAACAUAGAAACCUUUGCAAGAAUUCUCAGUAUUUCCUGCUUAGUGUUGAAAAGGUAAACUGAUCCGUUUGACGAUGUUGUUGGAUGCGUCUUGAGCUGUCAUCAUGGAGGAAAGCAGUGCCACGGAUCCAUUGGACAUUCAGAAGGAGGAAGAUGAAAGCCCAUCCUUUGAACAACUCUCGGAAAAAGGUAAUUCAAGCACUCAACUUGAUCCAGAUGACUGUUCAAGUACACACAAAGGGGACAAAUCUUCUAGCGAUAUUUCAUUGAGUGUUGGUGAUGUAAACCUUCCAUCCUCGUCAAAAUUGUCAACCGACCAGAAAAAGGAUUCGACUGAAUCCGCCAACGCAGACAAUGAUUUGCAACGGAAUAGUUCAACUAACAACACAAGAGUGAGUUCGGCUCCUGCUUCUCAAAAUGGAAAUAAUGAUCAAAACAUUGAAGAGAGUCUUAAAACAGAUUCAGAAAAUGAUAAAGAUGUAAAUUCAGAUAAAAGCCGGGGCUCUUUUUAUCAAGAAUCAGCUGAAGAUCAUGAAGAAUCAACAGAUAAUGUUUUUGAGGAAUCAGAUAAUGUUCAUGAGAAAUCAGGUAAUGUUCUGGAAGAAUCAGAAAAUGUUGUAGAAGAAUUUUUAACUUUGAAAAUGCCGCAGGACACAUCUUCAAACUCGUGUGAUGAAAGUUCAAAAUCCACAACUGUAGAAGAUCGAAACUCUCUUAAAGUCUCUUCUGAAAACUCAGGAAGAAACGAAGAUGCAAAUACAUCAAAUGAUGAUAUAGCUAGUCAGCUCUUAUUUGGAAAUGAUGAUAUUGAGGCAUAUAAAAAGUCAUCGUCCAAUUUUGAAGAAAAUGAAAAAAGUAAAAAUGAUUAUAUUGUCCCUCAAAAUAACCAAAAAAAAGGUAGAAUUUCAGAUAAUUCUACAGAAGAUUCCAGUGCAGCAACUACUAAUGUGGAGAGAGAUAUGUGUGCGUUAUUUUCUGAGUUAGCUGAAAGUGACAAACGUGAAACUCCGAUUACAAGUAAAAAUAAAAGCAAUAAAACGGCGAAUGAAAAACAAAACUGUUCUAAAACUAUUGGAUCGGAAGUUGGAGAUGCAAUCUCUCCUAAAGGUAAAGUGUCUGGAUCGAAUGCUCUAUUAGAGGAUGAAAAUACUGACUUUAACACUAAUCGGAUAGAAAUAAAGGAAGAAAUCGAAUCAAUUGAGAACGAUAAUAGUAUGCCGGGUUUUGAUAAUGAUGAUACCUACUCUUCAGACCAUCUGCAAGAAAGUUUAAUUGAAGCGUGCAAACGAGAAUGCUCUGUUGUUCUUGAAAGAUGUGACGCAUCUUUGUUGAAUGACACCAAUCCUUAUCAGUCUGACAUGAAAAUAGUAUCUGUAGAGUCUCUAUCUUCUAUGAAUUACGAUAAAAAACAUGGCAUUGUUUGGUCGUAUUUUAUUAAAAAGACGCCUACAUUGGCAGAGUGUAAGAUUUGUGGUCGAGCUUUACUGCAUAAGAGAUUGUCUAAUCUAACUCGACACUUGCAGACAGUCCAUGACCAUGAGAAGAGAAAUCCUGAAUUGGAUAAGCCUUCAGUGAAGCCCGGCCGGGAAUCUACUAAUUUCAAGAAAAUCAAAGAUCACACCUUUAAAAAUCAGCCUUUAAAUUAUUUCUCAUUUAUCAACUCACAAACGGCUAGGUGUAAAUUGUGCUUUCAAUAUAUGCCAUACAGAUGUCUAGAUGAUCUUCAAAUUCUAAAAUCGCAUUUACUCCAUAAACACGGUGAAGAAGAGCUCGCAGACAAAGUCCAAAAGAAGCCUGCUAGAAACAUCAAAGCUGUCGCAGAUGAAGAAGAAAAAGAAGAGGAGGAAGAUGAGGAAGAUGGAGACGAUGAAGAUAAAGAUAAGGAUUACGAAGGUGAGUCGAACGGAGAAACUUCCGAUGUUGGUGAAAAUGUUAGUGAAAGAAAGCCUCGCCAACGUACCUGGUCGUAUUUCACAAAAUUGGAAAGAGGCUUGGCUCAGUGUAACGAAUGCCUCAAGUGCUUUUCAUACAGCAGUGGAAAUUUACAGAGCCUUACAAGGCAUCUGAGAAUGUCACACAAUGCUAAAAGGUCUGCCAAUCAAUCUAGCCAGAAGUCGGCUCCACCUCAAAAGAGGCAAAAGCUCGAAUUGCCGAAGAAAGCUGAACAAAAGCUUGAAUUGCCGAAGAAAGCUAAACACAGGUUCAUAUUGCCGAAGAAAGCUGAAUCAAACUCCCAAUCUACUAACAAAACUAAUUCACAGACUAUCACUUCAACUACAUCGCCAACUGGACAACAAUUUUUGAAGUACUAUUCAUUUUUAAGAUCCGAAAAUGCGUUGUGUAAGAGAUGCAACACGAAAGUAUCCUACAAUAACAAGAACACAAAGAGUUUGCUCGACCAUUAUAACCAAUGUUCUGCCCAACCGCAAUUGGAUGAUGUGACUAAAAAGAAUGCUAAGCCUGGUCGACCAAGAAAGAUCUUGAAAGACGAAAGUAUUAGGGACCCUGAUUUUGUGACACCAGAUAUUCUUGAAAAUGAUGAACAUCCUUAUCCAAACAAGCAUAAAACACAACUGAUGGCAGCCGUACAAUUGUCGCCUAAAGACAAAGAUUGGAAACACUUCAAGAAAAUAAAUGGCUUUUGGGCAAGAUGUGUGCACUGUUCAAAGACAGUUAGUCACAGAGGUGAUUCAUCGCAAAUAGAGCACCAUCUGAAGAUUUGCAACAAAUAUGCCGCCAGCCUGGAUGCCAGCUUGGAUGAUAUUCCUUUGAAUUUCCGGCUCAAGAAUCAAACCAAGCCUUAUACAUUGGGUGACUGUUACUAUCGUAAAAAACUUGAAUACAAUCUUAGUGAAAUAAGGAGAUUUUUCAGGAGGUUGAGUGAUGAUAGAUUGAUGUGUAAGCUGUGUUUGAAAAAUAUCCAAUGUAGCGACACUCUAACUGAGAUAUUGAUGUCUCAUAUUCUACAAGAGCAUGUUAGAAAACUUUUCAAACCAAAAGCAGGCUCCAAUGAAGGAAACCUGCCAGAAACAAGUGAGAGUCCAGUGUGCACAACGCCACCCAAUAACACCAACGCCACCCUGAUGUCGUCGCCGCCUCAAUCCAAUGUUCGUCCGUUAUCCAUACAAAAGGUGCAGGCUCAGUCAACGCCACUGCCCACUAGGAGAAGAAGGGCUGCUGCUGCUAAACCCAAUGUCCCAAUAGCCAAACUCCAGCCAAAUGCAGAUAAGAAUGAGGAUCAAAUUCUAUCCAAAUGCAGCUUCACCUUGAAAUAUUACCUCGAAUUCUCUGCCAACCGGCAGCAAUGUAAGCUCUGCAAUAAACAGUUUGUUGGUAACAAAUCAGCAAAUUUGAUGUUUCUCUCACAACAUCUGCUUGACUGUCAUUUGGGUAAAGUUAUUGAUGAUGAAACGCGUUUAUCAAAUUCGGAAGAAAAUGAUCAGAGAAAAGCUAUAAUGAGGUGUACAAGGCGUAGAAUUGUCAAUCAAUUUUCAAAAAUUGACGGUACAAAAGUGUCAUGCAAAAUGUGUACUAUUCAUCUUGAAAAAAAUGAUUUUGAAACUAUGAAGACUCAUUUAUUGACAAAACAUCAAGACUAUCUGAAAACUAUUUUGAAAGAAGUCAAAAGAAUUGAGAAUUACAAGUGCUCAGAUAUGAGAACACUCAAGAGACUACUGACUAUACGCAAAAAGCGUAACUUGCAAGCCAAAUGUUCAUUGUGCUCCCGUGAAGUUUAUUAUAGAAUAGGAAAUACCAAACCACUUCGCAAUCAUUUAUUGAAAUUGCACAAAAAAACAAUUGGUAAAAGCUCAGUUUCUAAAGUUAGUGUGUGGAAACAUUUCACAAAACAGGAUGUAUUGAAAAGCAAGUGUGAAAUUUGUUACAAGUUCAUCUCAACAAAAGUUCAUUGUAAUCACAAAGUUCCAAAAUUGGUUAGCUUAUCAACUGGGUUGAGAUUGAAAAAAGAUACAACCAAGUCAGAACCUGAAAACAAAUCAACUGAGCUCACAUUGAAAAACUCAAGUUCAAGUACACAAGACUCAAUUAAGAAACAGUGUUACUACUUUUCCGCUUUGAAACGGUAUAAUAACGUAUGCAUAUUCUGUUCACCAUCUCUAAAAAAUGCAAACAAAAUAAUUUGUAAAAUCGCAUGUCGUUUUAACCAUGGGAAUGAAUAUAUUAACUGGCUAUACAAAAAUGAUCCAGUGGAUCAAACAUUUAUUACAGCCAAUCAAACCGAUUGUCCCCAGAAAACACUUUCACUCCUAGAGAUGUUUGACGAACUCAAAAAUAAGAAAAUGAAUUCUAUCAAGUUGUGCUAUUCCGAAUUUUCAAACAAAUAUCAUUGCAAUCUCUGCUGUGAGAGUAUAAGUGCAAACUAUCUGAGAUUCAGUUUGCAUUUCGACCAUGCACUAGUGAAACACAAAGGGUUGCUGAGUAUGCACAGAGCUAUCAAAGGAGCUAUCAACGCAGCAGCAGCUGAUCGGCCAACUGCGAGUGCGCGGCCUCAACCACCGCAAACCACCAAAUCACCCAUGCAAACCACCAAAUCACCCAUGCAAACACCGUCGCCAAAAAAUACAAAAUUAGUCAAAGUAAAACUAUGGCAACACUUCAAAGUGGUUGGAUCAGAAUUGGCGAGCUGCAAUUUCUGUAAGUUGAACUUCAAAUACUCAUCUAAAAACGUUGACACUUUGGCCAGUCAUCUACGAGCAAUGCAUCUAAGUGACCUUCUGAAACUGAGCAAUAAGAGUCAACCGUAUCAUCAGCCACUGAAAAACACCACUCCUAGAAACGCCCUGCAAAACACCACUCCUAGAAACGCCCUGCAAAACACCACUCCUAGAAACGCCCUGCAAAGCACCACUCCUAGUAAUGCCUUCACCACUAGUAGUAGUACUGAUGAAAGUGUGAAAUAUGCUAACACCUGGAAGUAUUUCACUGAGAUUGAUAAAGGAGCCAAGUGCAAGCUGUGUGCAAAACAGUUUCUUUUCAGCGAUAAAACUCACGUGGCUCCCUUGACCAGGCAUCUCCAAACAGUACACAAAAUCACGCCGGCAGUAGGAGUAUCGAGCCCUGUCCCGCUCCCGGUCCCGGUCCCGACCCAGAAUAAAGUGACCUCUGAGCAGCCGACACUCGCACAGACAAAAUGGGCGUGGCAGCAUUUCGAGAAAGACGGGUCGCGACCUCAAACAGCCAAAUGCAAGCUGUGCUUAAUCUAUUGCAGUUGUACAGCUGAAGAUGGCGAUCUUUCGGUCGUUCUGCUCAAACACCUUCGCAUCGUUCAUAACAAGUGGCUGGUCAAUGUUGGAAAUAAACUAAUGCAAAACAAUAUGACACCAAAAAGAUCAGCUGAUACUGAGGUGGCAGUCAAACAACCUCAGAAGAAAGUCAAGUUCGACGAUGAAAUCAGUGAAGACAACAACAACUCACCCUCACCCCCUCCCAACCCCUCGCCAGCCAAGUCCAACCCCUCACCAACCAAGUCCAUCCCCUCCUCCUCGCCUGCCCCUUCUGUUUCAAGCGAUCAAUUAUCAGAAGUUUCGAAGAAAGCAACAUUAACUACUCCCAAAGCCAAAGCCAAGAAAUCGUUGAAACAUUUCCAAGACCUAGAAAAAACGAAGACCAAGAAGAGCUUAGUUUGGACUUAUUUCACACCAAUUGACGGUCAGCCUGAUUUCUCAAGGUGUAAUGUUUGCUCGAAAAGUAUAUCCAGUAAAUUUGGUAUCAGCAUUUUACGAACACAUCUGCGUGUCAAACAUAAUAUCCUGAUUGUCAACAUGAAUCAAUACUCUGAAUUGAAAAAAACCAUAGGUGACACCGCAGCAGCCGUCAAUCUUGCAGAUGUCAAUCCGGCUGGAAAAAUAAAUACCACUUUGCCAUCCGGUGAUGGGCAAGUCAGUCCACUCAAAGCCGAUCAAAAGAUGUUGAAUGAAAACAUCACUACUCCAACCAAUACAACUUCAACUUCAUUGGAGUCGAAAUUUGAGAAGAGACAUCCUGUUUGGUCUUACUUCAAACAAGAGAAAAAUAGUAAUCUGUUGAAGUGCAAUCUGUGCUCAGUUUACCUGUCAUGCAAGAGUGGGCAAAUAAGUGGCUUGCAAAACCAUCUAAGUGCAAAGCAUAACAUUGUGUUUUUAGAAGGUUUCGAAGGAUUGAAGCCACCGGCGUCUGGAGGAGAAAAAAGUUCGCCUGUCAAGGCAUCCUUGCCCACCAAUCCAACAAUUGAAAAGUCCCCGGUUGAAAAACCGAAACCACUCCAGGAAUCUCCAAAAACGGCAAAAGAACUGUAUGAAACGACCUCUGUCGAAGAAUCUGUCGUCGAUAAUGAAGUGUUUUAUACGUCAGAAGACAAUCUGGUGACGGUGACCCCUAGACUCGACUCAGGCGCAGUGCAUUAUGAAAUCGUGGAAACGACUGAGAUUCCCGAAGUGGAAUCGGCCGACAUUGUGAAGGUGAUCAGUGAUUUGCUACCCAAUUACAGUGUGGGUAUUUCGGAUGACGUGAAUGCCACAGAAAUAUCGCCACAAGAAUCCGAGUUGAUUUCGAACAUAGUGACUUCGCUGGGUGAGCAGGGCGCCACCUCCGAAGAAGGCGUUCACCUGGACGGUGACCAGGUGAAGAGCAUAGCAGUCCUGACCGGUGAGACGCAGGAUGCCUCCUUGACGUGGGACUUCUACGUCAAAUUGUCCGACAAUAAGGUCAAGUGCGACGUCUGCUCUCAGGUGCUCACCUAUGACAGCGAUGAAGCGCCAAAUCUAGCUGAACAUGUUCAGCUCAACCAUCCUGCCGAACUGGCGCAGUACAAACUUUCUAGGUUAGGAUUCAGUGAUUCAUGUAUUAUAGUAGUCAAAAACUCAUAAUUAUUCUUCUUCAUUCACCUUAUGAUUUUAUUGUGAAUGAAAGAUUAACAUGUUCACAUUGGUGUUCUUGAUUGAAGGACGGAUCAUAUAAAUCCACCACCAAGUAUUUUCACUAUUGUCAAUCAGAUUCACUUGAAUUAUAUAUCAAGCUUGAAAUUAACUUCAAGUGAAAUUAGAUCUUAGCUCAUACGUUUAGUGAUUCCACAAUUACAAGAGCAAAUGAAUUUUUUAUAUAUUGAUGAUAUGGAAAUUUAUUUUACUUGUAAGAAAAUAAAUGAGUUAUUAUCUUUCUUAUUGAAAGAAUUGAAAAUAAUAUAUCAAAAAGUGUAUUAUGUUUGGAAUAUUCAUUGUAUAAAAGUGCUAGUAGUUCAACAUAAACUUUGUGAUUAUUUACUUUUGACUUAUGAACUAUAUCCUAGAUUAGGAAAGUAACGCUGUUUCAAUAUUGUUAAAAUAAGCUAAUGUGGUAGUAUAUAUGUUGAAUUCAGGACAUCUUAGCCAAGAAAAAUUAAAUUUUAAUAAUGUUGAACUUUUAGUUUACUAGAUUUCUUAUUUAUUAGUAAACUUGGAAUUUAUUAUUUAUAACUCUUUGCUAAUUAGUAACCGUAAAAUUUGUAAAUGUUUCAUCACAAAUAUUGUCCGAUUGGAAUUACUGUAUGUAUUUAAAUUGCAGACUAAUGUCUCUUAUAUUGUGUUAUAUAUAGAGUGUUUUCAAACUCCCUACCAAUAUUAUAGGACAUUGUUCCUGGGUACGAAACAUAUCCGAAUAUCAUUUUUAAACUGUCCGAAAGUCCUUAGUUACUCACACAGCCGCAAUUUUGUUUUUUUUCUGUUAGCUCUGUCUUGUUGUCAUAAUAAUAAUUGUGCAAGGUCUCAUUUCCAUAUGAGACCUCAGCAUUAUUGAGGAAAACUAGUAAGUGAAAAACCCCAAAAUGGUGGUUGUGUGAGUAACUAAGGAUUUUCGAACAGUUUAAAAAUAAUAUUUAGAUAUGUUUCUUACCCAGUAACAAUUCCCUAGAAUAUUGGUAGGGAGUUUGGAAAAAGUCUGUAUAGGGCUAUGGAAUAAGCAUUUCCUUAUACUUUUUUCCACUGAUGGCGAAAUGGAUUUAUCCAUAAACCUAAAACACUCAAAGAUUUAAUUGCAAUCAGCCUGAAAUUCAGUAGUUGAAUAUGAAUUGAAAUUAAUUGCUUCUUGAUUAAUUACAUUGCAAUACAUAUUUUAUCAAAAAUGUAGAGUAUAAGAAAGAUAGCAUGAGGUUCACUUACCCGGUGAAUGGCAAUAUAUAAGAAUAAAAAUGUUUACCAUACAAAUGCUGAUAACAUUGUAUAAUACUAUUACACGACUUGAGAAAUAAUGAUAAUUUGACAUCCAUUUCAAUUUUGUACAUAAUUUACUUACUGCAAUGUCUUCUGCAGAGUUUGAUUUCAAAUUUGUGUAUUUUUGAAGAAUAAUAAAUAUAGAAGUUUUAAUUAAAAAUA